UUUACCGCCAUGAGUGAAAGUCCCAAAGACGACGCCGCCGCCAUGGCUACACCUUCAGUAACGGCACCAGAGCCAGUACUGGAUGGAACCACUACAUCAUCAGAUGCCCCAGCAGCUCCAGAAGUGGUACCAGAAUUGGACGUCAAGGCCCUCGAUAUCGAAGAAGCCAUAGAAGAUAUAGGCAAGAUAGAAUCCCUACAAGAAGCAGACUCUCCCGAACGACUGCUGCUGCCAGAAACUGACUUGGCAUCACCAGUUCUCGAGCAGGUCAAGGCAGAAGCAUCGUCACUCGACGACUGGCAAACGCCAUCCGACAUCCACAGCAUUCCCAAACACAAGGACCCAAUCGAGUUCCAAUUGAGCAAAGUCAUCGCAGUACUCUUGGAGGGCAAAGGACACUUGGCCACCCAGGAGUACAUCGACCAGGUCACCGACAUCACCAUCGCAUACUUCAACAAGACCAUUGUGGCGCUCCGCAACUUCACCGAGUUACAGAGGCGAAAAAACCCUUCUUUGGCCGACACAGAGGUGUCGUUCAGGCUCCAGGGAAUCCAUCCCUGGAAGCUCUACGACGAAAUCACCGCCACCCGCAAGUUGGGACCCAGAACUAGAGCACAAAUCCUGGCCAUCAGCUCAGCAGCAGAGUCGGUGCUCCACACAGACGACCCUCCUUACAGUGCCACCGACGAAUCACUUCCAUUCUUCACUAACGAACAUUACGAAAUCGCCGAACUCGUGCCAAAACAGUCGGAAAGACCUAUCUACAUCCCGUCCUACUUGCCAGAUCUCCCCCCUGACUACACAUAUCAAAACACACCCAAGUACAUGGACACCAUCACCGAUCUCAAGGUAUUAAGGUUGAAAUUGGUGGAGGAGUCCAGGUUGACCGAAAAGUCGCUCUAUGAUUUAAUUGAAGACGACGAAAGACAAUGGAGGAAACGCUUCGAAAAGGAAUUGGAGGACUUAUCUGAUAGUGGUGAGAGUAUAAUGAGUAAAGUUGAGGUAAGCAGUCCACCGGAGGAGGUUGACUUGAAGUUCACCGAGAAACCCGAUUCCGCACCUGACAAGCCUACCGAAAUCCCCGAUGAAAACGGCAUAAUACCGCUCCCCGAGCCUAAGGCCGAAGAGUCGAAGACAACGUUCGAUUUUGUUGAAUACGCCAACAAGCGCAAGCGUAUAAUCCAAAAGAGAGAAGAUGCAUUAACAGAAAAAAUACGAUUAAGGGAAAACAACAUAUUCAUUAAGGCUGAAAAGUACUACUCACCAUACGCGGAUCUGAAAGUUACCCCUGAGAUCGAUUUAUAUUUCCAGGAGGUGCUCCAUGAUGAGUUCAAGAGUGUAAUAAAGGCGGUACGAAAGGCGGAAUCCACUAAGAAGAGGAAGAUUGAAGAAAUUCUUCAAGAAAAAGCCAAAAGAGAUAAAGCAAUGGAAGAUGAAUUGAACAGGAACGAAUUUGGAUUCAAUUUCAAUCAAAUGGAUGAUUCCCUGGAUGAUGAGGAAGGAGAAGGGCUCUUCCCACAGUUUGAUUUUGAUGGUCCUGAGGUUGACAGUGCAACCGAAUCUAGUGGGGUUAGACUAGAAAAUGACGACAAUGAGUUCAAAAACAUUCUAGGAGCUCCUACUACCGCUGGAAAAGCGCCCGUCAAGGCACCCACGCACUCGCCAGUACCAGCACCCACGACCUUAGAUGCUGGUGACGACGACUCUUCGGAUGACGAUUUGGAGGCAGAGUUGGAGAAUGCUAUGAACUCAGUUUCUGAGCCAACAAAACUAGAGCCAAUCUUACCAGAUCUGGACUCCGAUGAGGACGAAUUGAACUUUGAUAACUUCUAAUGGAAGUUCAUAGACACGAAAUAGUUACUGGCACCGAUGGGAGGCUAUAAUUUACCGAUAUUGGAUGGCUCGAUUGACUUGAAAUACAGGAUUUCAUCAGGAAAUUGUUAGUUUGCCAAGAGAUUAUUUUCGAGAACUUACACAGCAAUAUUGCAAAGUUUUUGGACAAUUACACCUCACAACAACUCGAAGUAGGAAAUAAAUACUAGCCAUUCAAUCAAUAUGGUCGAUACUGAUUUAACUGUGCUAGGCCAAUUAUAAUCAGAUAUACAGCAAUUUACGGGACAAUUUUACGGAUAUUAUAGUACAAUAAUCGUUAAUUUCAGGAUGGAUGCUAUAUAGAAUUAAUACACAUAUUCAACACGUC